AUGGUAUGUAAUAUUGCUUAAUUUGAUUAGUGCUUUAUUUUGGUAAAACUCUAGCUAACUUACAAACUGAAAGUCUAAAGAAUCAUUAACAAUUGUAUAAAUUCCUAACUUAAAAUUAGAUUAACAAGAGUAUGCUUCCCAGAAAAUGUAUUCUCUAGUGACCCUAAAAAAUAAAAUAAAGGAGGUGAGCAAUAACUUACCUUUAUCAAAGUCAUAUGUUGUCAAAAUAUCAUAUUCCUAUUCGAUAGUAUUUCAUCAUUCUUCAAUUUCAUUAGACAAAUCUGAAUUAUGGGCAUUUGGAGCAUCAUAAGAAGGUCAACUAGGUAUACGAAUGAGUAGUUUGAUGUAUCCAGUCAAUAUAUCAUAAGUGAUAGAUAAUAAAAUACGAUUAGUUACUGCAUCAGAAAAUUUUGUAUCUGUACAUACAAUUAAAAAUCAUUUGUACAUUUGGGGAAAAGUUGAAGAACUAAAUUUAGGAGAUAAUAUUAAACCUAGAAAGAUUGAAUUUAGUAAGUCUUUAGAUAGAAGGUAUGAAUUUAAUUGUUUGGAUAUCACGUAUUUACUUGACUAAGAAUGUACUUAAAAUGCCAAUGAAGAAAUAUUAUAAUUGUAAUCAACAAAUAACACCUUAUAUAUUUUGAAUAAAGAUCAUUUAGAUGUUAUUUCUAUCUAGGCUCAUAUAAUAGCUUAGAAAUUUGUUGGUUUAGCUUGUAAUGAAAAUCAUGUAUUAGCAUGGGAUGUAGAUGGAAGAGUAUGGAGUUGGGGUCAGUAUUCUGAUGGCAAAUUAGGUUAUAUGAGUUUUGAUUAAACUCAAUAGAACUACCCUAAAUAGAUUGACACUCUUGAAAAUAGAAUAAUUUAAUGUGCUUGUGGUCUUAAUUAUAGUUUGGCUUUGGAUGUAAAAGGAGAUAUCUAUGGAUGGGGAAAAGGUCCUUUCAAAAUGGAAUUAUUGAAAGCUACAAUCCCAAGUAAAUUAAUAUAAAAGAAUAAAUCAUUUGUUAAAAUAGUUGCAGGAAAUGAACAUUUUGGUGCUUUAGAUAUGCUUGGUUAAUUUUAUGUUUGGGGUUUGAAUCAUAAACAUUGUUUAGGAGAAUUAGAAGAAGAGAUACUCACACCAACAUUAUUUGAAUUGCCUGGAAUAAAAAUAAUUGAUGUUGCUAUGGGUCCAUUUUGUACAAUUAUGAUUAUUCCUGCUGAUCGUUUAUAGAAAUUACCUAAUCUUAAUCUAGAUACAUUUACUAUUCAAUAAAAAAAAUGUUUUCUUGAAGAGGCUAACCUAAUUAGAGACUUCACUGAAAGAAGGAAUAGAUAAACUUUAUCAUCAAUACUCUCUCCAAUUCAAACCAAAAAUAAUAUUCAAGAUGAUAGAGAAUUUGAUAAAGCAAAUUAAUUGAUACACCAAAUGCAAUUACACUUAGACUCUCCACAUCAUAAACAUGCAUUCAAUACUACUCAUAGUUCUCAUACUUUAAUUAAUAGUUAUAGUUCACCUUAUAAAUCAUUUAAAUCUCCUAUUUCAUUCGAUAAUAUUCAAAAAAAACUAAUUAAACUUGAAAACACUAAUCCUCUAUAUUUACCAAUUUUACCUAAUCUAUAAUAUAAUAAAGCAUCAAUUGAUGAAGAUGUUAAUCUCGAAAAUCUAAUAAGAACUGAUGAUGAUGAAUUGAAAUACAGAUAUAUAUAAUUAGUUAAGGAAAAUAGCGAAGAUUAAAUAUUAAUGUAAUUAUUAAAUGAUCAAUCUAUUUAAAAACCUUAAAAUCAAAAAAACAUUAAGCAACAAUCCAUUAAAAUUAAAUAACGUACUGAACUUAAAGAAAUUAAAUAUAAUGAUAAAUUUGAUAGGCUUGAUCCUCAUCUACUUUAAAAUGUUAGAAAAGAACUAGCUGAUAUUAGUAAAGAUAGAUGGAAAUAAUAUUAGAAGAAAAAAAAAAUUAAAGAAAAUAAAAUUAAUUUUCUUAAAACUAAAUUUUAAGUAACUAAGCUUGAAUAAAUUUCUAAAGAAGAAUAAAUUGAAUCGAAUCGAUUAUAAGCAGUUGAAAAAAAUAUCAAAGCUUAGUACACUGUUUUGAGGAAAGAAGAAAAAUUGAAAAAUAAAUUAGAAGUUAUAUAAAAUGAAACUCAUGAUAAUUAACAAGAAUUUUAAAUUAAAAAAAGAGUUGAAAUUAAAAGAGAAAUUGCAAGGUAGUAUGCAUUAAAUAUUUUAUUAAAAUAUUUAAAUUUCGAAAGUUUUUGCUAAAUGUUUGAAGAAGCAUCUGAAAGAGGAUUAUCGAAAAAAAAAUUAUUAUUAUAAGCUAAUAACAAAGCGAAAAUUAUUUAAAAAGCAAUUCGAAAAAGAAAUAUAAUUAAAGUAAUAAAUAAUAAAUUAGGAUUUAAAUCAAGAAAAAUAUUAUUAUCUUUUAUUUUUAGAAUUAGAAUGUCUAUUCGAAUUAAAAAGAAGAGAGUAAUAAUUAGAAAAAUUAACCUUUACAAUUUAAGAGAAUCAAUUUUUCUAAAAGUUCGAACCAAUCUAAAUACAAUGAUCAAAGCAACAAAGAAUAUACAAUAAUUUUGUAAAUAUUAUAAUUAGAUGAUGAAAAUCUAAUUAAGUUUUUUAAAUUAUAAAUGGGAUGAAUAUAUGAGAUAAGAGUUUAAAGGGUUAGUUAUUGACAAAGAUAAAGAAGAAUAAAAACUGAAUUAACUUUAAGCUCUAAAUGAAAAAUAAGUAUAAAUAAUGAAAUAAUUAUCAUAUCCUAUAAAAUCUCAAAAAACUAUCUAUAAAGAGAUACAAUUAUCCAAAAAGCCGAGGUUAAAAAUUGAAAUGUUAAGGUUAAAUCUACUUAAGAAAAUACCAUAGAAAAGUAUGAAUGAAGAUGAACAAAAAGAAAAGGAAAUAAAGCAAAAUUAUAAUAAUGUUCUAUUUCCUUACACAAAAUAUGUUGAGAAUAUUGUCAUUCCACAAAAUUAUAGGAUAAGAUUUGAUUAUUAGGAAAUUUAAUUAUUAAAUGUCUUAGACAAAAUUAAUUUAGAGGAGGCAAAAUUAAAAUUAGAAAUAUUACAAGGUUAUUAGAGAAGUUAGAUUAAGAAUCAUAUUCAAUAGUGUAUGAAUGUAAUAUUAAAUAUAUUGUUAAUUAGUAUUUUUCAGCACUCCUUGAUUUUAAAUAAAAAAACAAAGUGCUUAUUGGAACUGAGAGAAUGAAAAUAAUGUCAAAAUUAUCAUCUGAUGAAAUUAAACAACUAAAAUAAAAGGAGGAAUAAGAGUUUAGAAUGAUGAUAGAAAGAAGAGAGAUCAAUACAAAAAGGGGUAUUUAUUAAUGUAAAUUAGUUCGAAUAAAUGAUUCGAUGACAAAGGAAAAUAUUUUCGAUAAACUUAAAGUAUUUUAAUCAGAUAAUUAUCCAUUUCAUAUGCUCACUUAUAAAUUGAUAGUUUAUUUAAGUUAGAUUGAAUAACCAAAAUUAUAAAUGGAAAUGACCCAUAAGGAAUGGAUACGUUUAAUGAAAAAUUAUCAUACAGAUUUUAAAAUCAGAUUAUAGUCAAUAAUGAGUGAAGCAAGAAGAGCUGCUGCUUAUAAAGCAAAAUAGAUAAAGCGAUCUCCAACAAUAUAAAUUAAAAGAUCACCUACAAUAGCAUCGAAAUCAAUAUAAUCCAAAAAAUUGAUAGAUUUAAUAUGA